CCGUAGUGUUCUGGGAAAAAAUACAGCUGCAUGAAGAACGUAACGGAUGCAUCUUCCUUGCUAAGUCGCGGAACAGUGGCUAACGGUGCAGUCAGUAUCAGUUUGGACGAUUCUUGGACCGGUCGAAGUCUACUGGAGGCACUGAACCGAGCCGGAACUAUUGCCUGCGGAAGUUUCGAUAUGCGUUUUCAGCAGCGCCAACAGCAGGAACGUGACCAACGCAAGGUGGAAAUGAUAUCAUCAACUGCUAGCAAAACAGCGGCUAGCAGUUCGACAAGUACGGUGACCCACGGCGGAACUGGCAGCAGCAGCAGUGCCGUCCGUUCCUCCACCAUCAGUGCCUAUUCAUCUACCACGACGGCAACAAACGUCGUCAGUGGCAGCCAUCAGUCUCGCAGCGGCUCCGGCACCACCGGGAAUCUCUCCGCAACCCUGGGCGCCGGCAAGGUCCGACAGAUGUUCGACGAGCGGCGUGCCCAUCGAGUGACGGGAAUCGACAAGAGCUAUCCGCUGCAACCGAUCCAAUCGAAAGCGGUUGCUAACAACAAUAACUGCAUCAGUAAUGGUGGUAGCAACAACGGUGUUACCAACGGAAACGCCACUAAACCGACCGGCGGUCCUCCGGGUGCUGGUCUUAAUAACAAAACACGUGUUCCGCCCAUUUCGGCCAACACAAAAACACGACUUGCGAUGCAAUCCCGGCAGCAGGAUAAUGAAAACAACGAGACGGGUACCUUCGAUGACAACGAAAAUUUACUGGAGGACGAAAAAUUUCCAGAUGCCAUUUCGUUCGAUGACGACCCGACAAAUGCUUUCGGAAUACCGACCGGGAAUCACCCCACGAUUACCAGGAAACCAGCCAACAUGAACAAAUCCGGUGGACCAGUACAAAACGUUAACAGUUUGAAGCUGAAGCCGGUUCCGGGAAGAGUUCCUCUGGGAACCAGCAUCAAAGCACCGACCACAACGAAACCCGUAACGAAAAAACAAUCCUCGCCAGCAGCAUCAGCCACAACGGCAACAGUAGUACAAUCACGAGGUUCAAGCUCCAACUCCACUAAACCCUCCUCAUCCCGACCGUCGACCGGUAAAUCGACAAUGGCCAGUGCUAGCAGCGUUACCCGCAAACCAUCCGUGGCAUCCAGUGUUUUAUCAACGACGACAACCUCGACAGUGGACGGCCCAGUACCGGAUGGACUAACUAGAUGCGACAUCUGCAGCCGCAACUUCGCCGACGACCGCAUUGACAAACAUCGAGAAAUUUGCAAGAAGACGAAGAGCAAAAAGCGCAAAGUUUUCGACACCACCAAGCACCGAGUGGCCGGAACGGAGGCCGAAAAGUACGUCGCCAAAAAGAAAACGGGUACAACCGUUAGUAAGAAAUCGGUCUCCAGUGUCAGCGGACCCGGUCCGGCGGGUGCCCGCAAAAGUGACUGGCGCCGUAAACACGAGGAAUUUAUUCAAGCAAUCCGUGCGGCUAAAGAAAUGCAGGCACACUUGGCAAAGGGAGGAAAACUGUCCGAUCUGCCACCGCCUCCCCCGUCCGAAAAUCCCGACUACAUCCAAUGUCCGCACUGUUCGCGCCGAUUCAAUCAGACAGCCGCCGAACGGCACAUUCCCAAGUGUGCCACCAUGCUGCACAACAAACCGAAACCGAACCAGCCCAAGGGUAAACGAUUCUAAGCGCAGAACUGAAGCGAAGUUACUUAGAAGAAAUGGAGUCCAUGAUUAUUAGUUAUUAUUUUGAACCUUUAAAACCCGUACUAAUAAUUUUUAUGUAUUUUUAACAAGAUGACGAAAUUUGGCAUACAAAAAAACUCCUAACCCAUCAUAUCGCUCGCCAUUUAUGCAAUUAAAAGCAACUAAAUUGGCCUGACAUUUUGUUGACGUCAGAAAAAAACCUUUUAUCGACUGUGUUAUACGACCCACGUUGCUGCUUAGCUUUCCCGGUUGAAUAGGCAGGGGUGAAAAACAAUGAAUUACGAUCCAAU